GAGAAAAAAAAUAAAAAGCCCUUAGAAGAACUUCCUGUCUUCCUUCUGUUUUCAGAUCUAUUAUUUUGUUGUUGUUUUGUUUUGUUUUUCAUUAAUUAUGAUGGAGACGUGGCGGCAGGUGUUAUUGAAUUCUGGCCUCACUGUCCUCUCACACCCUUUGAUGUACAUUAAAGUCCUGAUCCAGGUUGGACAUGAGCCUCUUCCCCCAACACUGGGCAGAAACCUGUUUGGAAGACAGGUCUACCACCUGCCUGGACUGUUUGCUUAUGCAAAAUACAUCAUCAAAAUUGAUGGAAGAAUGGGUCUGCUUAGAGGACUGGGCCCACGGCUCUGUGCCGGCUCCCUUGGCACAGUCGUGCACACCAGAGUUUUACAGGAAUGCCAACAGGGCGGCAAACUCGAGGUACUGGACCAACGGCACAGUUCUCAAGACUGCUCCUUCCAGCAUGUUGUUGAUGAGACGACCAAAGAGAUGAUGGCUCGUGUCUGUGCCAACAUUGUCACACAACCCUUUCACGUGAUUACUUUGCGAUGCAUGGUCCAGUUUAUUGGGAGAGAAACAAAAUACAGCGGCGUGUUUGACUCGAUAGUCACCAUCUACAGAGAAGAAGGCAUCCUGGGCUUCUUUGCUGGUUUGAUUCCUCGCCUGCUUGCAGACGUCCUGUCACUGUGGAUCUGUAACCUGCUGGCUCAUUUCAUCAACAGAUACGCCAUUGAUGACUCGAUGAGCCACAAAGACGAAAUGAGGAGUUGCUCCCAGACUCUGGCCGGGUUGUUGGGCAACAUGGUCACGUACCCGUUCGCUCUGAUAUCGAGCGUCAUGGCGGUCAAUAACUGCGGGCUGACUGGAGGCCUGCCCCCUUACAGUCCUGCAUAUCCCACCUGGGUGGACUGCUGGAGGCACCUGAGCAGAACGGGCGACCUGACCAGAGGCAACAGUUUGUUUUACCGGAAACUUCCAACACAGAAGAAAUACGCAGCUGCCCAGAAGACAUUUUUUUGAA